AUCCAGGCCAUGAGCAAGAGCUUUUCAUCAUCUUCCUCCUCGACUAUAAAUACAUCAUCAAAAGGAGAAAAAAGGCCACGACCUUUUAGUAGUUGUGAUUGGAUUCAUGGCUACUAAGCUUGUUCAACCACCAGUCCCUGCUUCCCACGUGGCUCCUCCAAUACCCAGACUCACAAAAAUGAUGAGAGCUCACAGACCGGUUACAGCCACUCAUUCAGGGUCCCGGAGGAGGUCCAUAUUUGGAGAGUUCCCAUCUGGGUCUAGACCCUUCUACGCCAUUAGAGUUGCAGGGCAGAGCCCCGGCCUAGUUGGGGAUGACCAGGAUAUUGUAGUGAAGGAAGAAGAAGAAGAAGAAGAAGAAGACGAACAAGAAGGAGCAUCAUCAGAUGAUAGGACGAUUGCCAAUGUAAAAGCAGAUCUAUACCAGGCAGUUCAAGGCAUCAAUAGGGGGGUUUUUGGAGUACCAUCUGCAAAGAAAUCUGAGAUUGAAGCUCUGGUCAAGCUGCUAGAGUCUCAAAAUCCAACUCCGGAACCUAUUCUAAAUCUAGACAAGGUAAAUGGAUGGUGGAAGCUUGUUUACAGCACAAUUACAAUAUUGGGUUCCAAGAGAACGAAGCUAGGAUUGAGAAAUUUCAUCACUCUGGGGGACUUUUUGCAGAUUAUUGAUGUGGAAGAGGCCAAAGCAGUUAAUGUGAUCAAGUUCAACGCAAGGGGAUUCAAUUUCCUGAAUGGAGAGCUGAAAAUUGAGGCCUCCUUCAAGAUUGCUUCCAAAUCAAGGGUUGACAUUAAGUAUGACAGCUCCACCAUCACUCCUGACAAGUUGAUGAAUGUGUUCAAGCAAAACUAUGAUCUUCUGCUGGGCAUCUUCAACCCAGAGGGUUGGCUUGAGAUCACAUACCUAGAUGAGAGCAUGAGGAUAGGGAGGGAUGAUAAAGGUAAUCUCUUCAUAUUAGAAAGAUCAGAGGCAACCUGACACUCCACUUCAUACCAGUUGAAGGCUCAUGACAAGUAUUUCAUGACAAAUAUUCAAAGAUAAUAUUAUUUUCUAUCAUUUCUGUCGAAUUUCUAAGAUGUAAGGACAAAGUCAUGUGUUGCCUCCCUGAAGACAAAAGGCAUGAUAAAGGAAAAUUUUGUUUUAUUUAAAAUUAUUUUUUAUUUUCCUUGUA